AUGCCUUCCGAACCGAUGUCUUGCGACGAGAAAGUAGAAGAUAUCGAUGAGUCGAUACUGGAUGAGCCUGUUGAGGGUGCUAAUGCGGUCGAUGACGAGGAAAUCGACGACUCAAUUCUGGACCACGAAAUGGAAGCUGGAAACGCAUCUGAAGCUCAGUCAGAUGCGCACUCUUACACUCAAUCGGACAAUAGCCCACCUAGAUCUGCGGAAGAGGUGAAGGAAGAAAAUUCUAAUGAUACCCAGCACACAGAUACUGAAGAAAAACCUAAACGAAAUGGUGAUUCUGCCUCUAAGAAAACGCCCACAAAGCGAUCGAGACGUUCUAGGACCAGGCGUAAUGAAUCCGAUGACGAAAACGAGGAAGAGGACAAAGAUGAAGAUAUGGAAAUAGAUCAUAAAGCAAUGUUAAGUAGCGCCGAUCGCAAGAUUCAAGUUGGAGACGAUUUUCAAGCUCGGGUCGAUGAGCCGCAAAAGACUGAGGAAGAGCUCGAAAUGUCAGAAGAGGACGAAAGGGAGCAUGUCAUGUGGCGCCCUCCUGGUGAUCUCGAUGAAGCUAAACUCAUGGAAUUUUGUGAAGAUGCGAUAGGAGUAUACAAGCUGAGCUAUGACCGGGCGCUAUAUCUUCUGCAAAAGUCGAACUUCGACUUCGAUGUUGCUAGAGAGAAAGUGAAAACGCGUCGUCUGAUUACUGAGGAAUGGAGUGAAGAUGAUCGAACACUUUUCAAACAGGCGUUCCAUAUGUUUGGAAAGAGGUUCGACAAAAUACGGCAGACGAUGCCUCAUCGUUCAAUGGCUUCAAUCAUACAGUUCUAUUACAACACGAAGAAGGACACUGAUUAUAAAAGCCUUUUUGAUAGUCGCAUGGCAGACGACUCAGAUGAUGCGGAUGGUUCUGACGAUGAAUUGGAUUAUGAAGAUGGUCUUUGCGAUAACUGUGGCGAAGAAUGUAAUACACUGCAUACGAUUGAUGAUGUGAAGCUGUGUUAUGUGUGCCGUGUUUACUACAAGUUGAUGCGCAAACAUCGUCCGUGUAACUAUGCAUCCACAGUAAGUGAAGUUCGGCAAAGAAGAGUUCGAAAGUGUCCUGAAGACAUGCUAGAAAUUGCAAAGGAGUUUGUCGAGAUGUCCACGUAUGUUGAAGAAAGGCCAACUAGUGAUGAGAACGUUUGUGAUGAAAUUGAGGUCGUGCAACCAGUGAAAACCAAAUGCUAUGAAGAAACCAAGGCAGCUAUGCGCGAAUUGACUAGGGUACGUUCACGAGCAAUUCGCCUUGAAUGUAAUUUGAAGGCACAGCGAGCUGAUGGGCUUAUGAAUGGUCUUCUGCGUUACGGUAAAGAUUUCGAUGCUGUUGCGGAAGUGCUCGGAACGAAGACUUCAGACAAAGUCAAGAGCUUCUACUCAGAAAUGAAACCAGAUAUUGACAGGUUACUCGAAAAGGAGGCUGAAAAGGAUGCCGAAAUGAUUAAGGGAUUCAAUGUUGAACAGGAGUUUUGCCUUGACGCACCGAAAAAUGUUGAGGUUGUCAACUUGGAUUAG